AUGGAAAAUAAAUUGACCAAAAUUCGUCGAACAUUUGCUGCUCAAUUAACAGGAAAACAUAAACUUAAAUUAAUAAUACCACACAAUGAUUCAUCGGAUUCGAUAUUUGAAGUAUUCAUUAAUGAAAUGUUUAAUCAAUUACAUAGGAAAAGAACUAAACAAGAUGAAGAAUUAUUAAGAGAAUCAAAUAGAAAUUCUCCAUUGUUUAUACAAAGAAAGCAACUUCAAAAAGAUAUUGAAGAUUUUCUAAUAUUAAAUAAACGUCAAGAUGCACGUGCAGUGCAAGAAAUCAUCGAGCGUGUUGAACGUAUGACGAUGUUGAAUAGAAAAUAUGAUAUUAGAGAAGUUAAAUCUAUUUCUCAAUUGAAUACGCAAUAUCAAUCUACAAUAAUACCAACUGUAAAAAUGUUUACAGUAUCAUGUUCUUAUCGGGCUUUAUGUAGUGAAUUACUUGAGCGCUUCGACUGGCCAUCAGAAUUAUUCGCAUCUGAAUAUGAUCGAUGUUUUUGUAAAACGUGUUAUCCUUUAACAAUGCCUAAUGUUUAUCAAAGUAAUAUUGAAAAUAAAUAUCCAAUAAUUAUACCAAGAAAUUGGAUGAAAUUUGGACUAAAAAUUGAUGAAGUUCAAGCUAAAAUUCAUCAAAUUUGGGAUAAAUGGGCUAUGUCUUAUCAUGGUACAUUACCUAAUGCUGCAUUAUCAAUGAUUAAACAUAGACAAAUUUGUUUACCUGGCGAUAAACUCCUAGAUGGAACUCACUUAACUAUUCGACCUGGACAUAUUCCAGACCAAAAAGCUUUUUUCACUUCACCAACAAUUCGAUAUGCAGCUCAAAAUCAUUACGCUACUCCACUUGAAUUUACAUCACAAAUAGAUAAAUGUGUUUAUACAGCUAAAAUUGUUCUACGUUGUCGUCAAAUGCCCGGCUCAUUUACAAUACAAGGUGAAACAUUAAAUAACUCUCGAAUAAAUGGAGCAGAUUUUUGUGAUAUUAUACCUGAUGAACAAAUUGAAUGGAAAACAGAUAAACGUGGUACAGUUAUUUUUGAUGGACUAUGCGUUCGAUUAACGCCAGUCUCCAAUCAAACUUUUCAUAAUACUAUUUAUCAAUCUCAUGCUAAUCAAACUAACGUUCAUAACUAA